AUGACUGCUUUAUUUCACAUUCUUCUUCGGUAUGAUACAGUACAAGUUGUCAUACGCACUGCAGUCACUAAACUUUUUUUCUUUGUCCCCUCAAAGGAAAGGGAGUCCCUCAAUUCCAACAUUGUCCAGUCCAUCAACCAAGCCUCAGACGAGUGGGGGAUCCGUUGCCUGCGUUAUGAAAUCAAAGAUAUUUAUGUUCCCCCUCGGGUAAAAGAGUCCAUGCAGAUGCAGGUGGAGGCUGAGCGUAAGAAGAGAGCCACAGUGCUGGAGUCUGAAGGGACGAGGGAGGCGGCCAUUAACAUCGCCGAGGGUCAUAAACAAGCCCAGAUCCUGGCCUCCGAGGGAGAGAAAGCAGAGCAGAUCAAUAAUGCGUCUGGAGAGGCUCAAGCAGUGUUGGCCAAAGCAGAGGCUAAGUCUAAGGCUAUCCGUAUGCUGUCAGACGCUCUGACCGAGCAGAAUGGAAACGCGGCGGCCUCCCUUAGCGUGGCUGAGCAGUACGUGUCAGCUUUCUCCAAACUCGCCAAAGAGACCAACACCAUCCUCCUGCCCUCCAGCACCGGGGACAUCAGCAGCAUGGUCACACAGGCUAUGACCAUUUACAGCUCAUUGGCAAAGACGAGCACACAUGUAGUGGAGGAGAAGAAGAGUGAUGAUGAUGAUGGGAACAAACCACAUCAAUAGCAGGACUCAGCGGACACAGAAUGAACUCUACUGACACAGAACCACAAGCAGCUACAGUUAUGUUUUCAGUUAUUUGGGACUCCAGGGCAUCGCCGUGAGAAAAGCUUCACACAGCUUCAACUGACAGGACAGAAGGAAAACUGACAACUUUAAAUACUUCAGGAAUGUUUUGCCGUGGAGUCUUGGAGGAAAUCAUGCCCCGUCUCAGUGGAUUUCUAAUCUUCACUGACUAUUCUUUACGUUUCGUUAUUGUCUGAUUAGGAAAUAAACACAUUUUUAGCCAAAUAUUCUCACAACAGUGACUUUGGCUGGCUGGCGAGAGGGAGAAAUAGAUGUCAGGUUUUUGGGAUUCACCAGCUUCUGGGUGCAAAACACUGUCGUGCAGUAAUGACUUAACAUCAUACGCUAAUUAUUUGUAAUUACAUAACCUCAAUUGGACUUAAAGGUUUCAAAAUAUAAUUAAAACACACAAUCUUGUUAAAUGUAUUUGACUUUUGAUACUGAUAUUGAGGGCUGUCUUACAUAAGUUUUCAGGUUUGUAAUAAUGUCUUCAGCCCUAUUGGGACCAGCAGCUUUGAGUUAAAUGUGAUGUCUGACUGUUUGCUUCAUAAUGCUGAUAAGUUUUAAAAAAUUAAGUUGAUUCACAAAAAGCAUCUCCCUAAAAACAACCCUUAUCCAGUAUCUACUUAUAUUAUUUAACAAUACCUUAUUAGUUCAUUGUAAAUACACAGCCGGCCCUAUAGGAACAAAUGUCCCAUAAUUGUCUUUUUUUUUUUUUACCUCUUAUGUCAUGAGGUUCAUGAAGUACAAGAAACAAAGAUUUGUGAAGUGGAAUUAGACUAAGUACGUUUGAAAAUAUACACGUUAGAAGAAUACUGCAUAGACGAUCCUAAAGAAACACUUGGACUUCUUCAGAUGUUAUGUUUGGGAACCCUUGACUGUAAAUGAAUGAAAUCUUACAUUAUAAUUUGAAAAAAGACGUUAAAGUUGCCCUCCAUGUUAUGGGUCACUUUUUUGGUUCGCCAAUGUACAAUUACCAUGACAAUUCAAUGUAAAAAAGGUGUUUAAUUUGGUCUGAGUGUCAAUAAAUCAAUGUAUAAAUGUUCAGCUAUUGUUUUAAAUCAGUAGAGGUAUGUUGAACUUGCCAGGGUUCAUUAUUCGUUAUAGGGAUACAUGGUAGGCGGCCUAUGGCAAAUGUAGUCGGGAAUAUUUGGCAAAAUAUAAGACGACAAAAUAAAUGCUUCAGUAUUGUAAAUGGGUAAUACUUUAAAUGGAAUGCCUUUACAUUCAAAAUCAUCUAAACAAACAAAGUAUAUCUGUUCUAGGUACAUUGUCACAAGAUUACAAUUCGCGGUGGACUGAAUUUGGUUCCUCAACAUAAUGACGGAGGGACACCUCUUUACUCACGUCCUCGCUCUCCUAUCUGUGAUAGUGUGUUUCAGCCCUUUUCUUUGCCUUACAGAGGGUCAGGAAACUUGUAGUUACAGUUUACUACGGUUUGCAUUAUAAAUUGUUUUGCGUAUUAAAUUAUAAUAAAGCGGUUCAGCACUA